AUGAUAAACAACUAUGAAGAAUUGUCCUUUAAUGAGGCAAUAGAUCUACUGCGUCAAUGGAGAGAAGGAAAUGAAAGAAAGAGUGAGGACAUUAUGCAGUUAUGGCUCCAAGUGGUCGUUUCUGAUUUGGACAAGAUAGGAAAUGAAAAGUACCUGGUGUUGGAACAAGUCAUUUAUGCAGCACUGGACUGCCACAUGUUUGAGCUAGCUACGAUGUGUAUUUACCAGCUUGCUAUGGACUUCCCUGGUAGUUUACGAGUAAUGCGGUACAACGCUGCACUAUUGGAGGCUGAAGAAAAGUACGAUGAAGCUCUAGAAGUACUGGACCGUAUAAUUAAGUCAGACGAGACUAAUUCAGUUGCACGUAAGAGACGCGUGGCAAUACUGAAAGCGCAGGGCCUCAUCACCGAAGCUAUUAAAGAUCUUGUUGAUUACUUGAAAAAGUUCAUGUCAGAUGUAGAGGGAUGGCAGGAACUGUGCGAGCUGUACCUUCAAGUACAGGAGUACUCGCGUGCAGCCUUUUGCGCAGAGGAGCUGAUUUUACACCAACCUCAUAACCACCUCAUGCAUCAAAAACUUGCCGAUAUACGAUAUACAAUGGGUGGAAUGGAGAAUUUGGAAUUAGCAAAGACGUAUUACUGCCAAGCGUUAAAGUUGAACCCGGACAAUAUGAGAGCGCUCCUUGGAUUGUUUCUGGUGACGAGCAACCUACUAAGCCAGUACAAAUCGUGGGGAGCGGGCGGCAAACGCGCCGAGGCCAUGAAGCUGUGUGCGUGGGCGCAGUCUCGCGCACGUCGCCCCGCGCCCCGCGACAAGCGGCCCCCCGCGCCGCAGCUCGCCGACGCGCUGCAGGCGCUCGCCAUCACCGACUAG